AUGGAUUUGAAUAUUUCCUCUCAGGAUUCUUCUUGUUUUCAUCUUCCUCAUCCGUUAUUCGAUUUAGCCUCUGAGCGAUUCAUUACAAACUUAAUAACAGCCAUCAUCAACAUCGUUACCGCUCCAUUCUCUUUUAUUGCCAACAUGCUGAUCAUCAUCGCCAUUUUUGACUGUCCCCGUCUACAAACUCCUUCCAAUCUAUUGCUUGCGACUUUAGCAUUGUCAGAUGCAUUUGUCGGCCUGACAGUCCAACCAGGUUAUAUCACCUACCGGCUUAUGGAAAAUCAGCAUCGUUCAGUUCCUUGUUUUGCAAGACUUAUCUACAGUUCUGCAUUCUACGUAUGUUUUGGUGUUUCUUUCAUGACUCUGACCGCUGUGAGUUAUGAGCGCUUUGUGGCUGUUCGUCUACGUGUCAGGUACAACGCGAUGUUUUCUACGAGACGGGUUCUAAAAUAUGCUUUGGGGAUAUGGACGGUCAAUAUAUUCUUGACUGCUCUGGAAUGGGCUAAAAUAGAUAAAGCCAUGAGAGGUAUUCAUCUAACUCUUUGGUAUCUUUGCCUUCUCGUCUCAACUGUGACCCAAAUUGGCGUUUUUGUGGCUAUACGAAGACACAAUCGACGAGUCAAAAACCAACUUCAAGUGGAUGAAAAGCUACAGACACGAAGAGAAGUGAAACUAGCGAAAAAGAUAUUAACUGUGGUUGUAAUUUACUUUAUUUUGAACUUUCCCGUUCUAUUUGUGACAUUUUAUCAUCAGAUAUUAGGGCAAAACAUUCAAACAUACAACCACUACAGCUGGACAGAGACGCUGGCUUUUCUAAACUCCUGCUCAAAUCCAAUUAUAUGUUACUGGAAAAAGAGAGAGAUUUUUCGAAGAGUCAAAUAUCUCCUGAAGAAAUUAAUUUGCUAAAAC